AUGAGUUGGAGCUCGAGUUCAAGUCAGAGACUAAGAGUCGAUACUGAGUCGGUGGAAUCGGGAAUUCAGAACGAGCGAAUCCUUGUACUAGUCUUCGAGACAAUGAAAUGGGAUAUCCAUGUCCUCUGCCAAACCGCUAGAGUGAAUCGGAAGCUUCAUGCUUUGGCAAACCGCCGCCUCUGGAGGGAGCUUUGUCUCUACAAAGCGCCGCGAAUGAUAGCAACAUUGACGGACGGCGCCGGAAAGAUUGGUGGCGGUUGGCAAUCAAUAGCAAAGCUUCUGUUUUUCUGUGGCGGGUGGGUGUCGACCACGCAUUUUAAAAUAAACCCGCCAAGGUCAGGCCAUUUCGUCAAUGCCUCCCGGUUUUCAAAGACUUCCGGCCGAAGUUUUCUAAUGAAAAAGUGCAGAGAGGAUGUUUUAUACGUAAGCGAUCCUUGCGAGCAUAAGACGGGCGACAAGGAUUACGAUGUGGGGAUUUACAGAGGGGUAUUUCAGAGAUUUACGAGGUCAAAGACACGAGAGUAUUUGAUAAAGCGACAGGUACAAUGGGAAGAGACACUAAGGUGUCCUUACUGUGGGGCACGAGUGUGGAGCAUGACAGCGGCGCGUCUGAUUCCCAGGAAGAGCGCGGCAAGGCGGCUUGGAUCGUGCGACGAUGGGCUGGAGUAUUUUGUGUGCUUGAAUGGACACAUGCACGGUGCUUGCUGGCUCGUGCCUCUCUCGUCUGACGAAGAUGAUAGCGAGGAUGACGAGGUUAAUACUGACGAUUCUGAUGAUCAGAAGGAUCAGUAA